CCAGGGAUUGUGGGUUCGAGUCCCAUCUGGGUCGUACCGUUAUUUUGUGCCGUCUCGGGGAUCUGAUGCCGGUUGCGAUGCUCGGGGCGCAGCGUGUCAGCCCGCUCUGCUACUUUUGGUCUCGGUGCCGGUGCCGGUGGCGGCGCCCCGGAGCGGCCGCUUCGUUGUGCGGUGAGAGAACGGCGAGAGGCAGCCGGGGCGCUGCGGGCAGCACGAUGCACCGCCGGCGGGAUAAACCCACUGAACGCAACGAGCCGCAUCGGGGCUGCGCUGGGGUGUCAAAGUUUUGCACGUCAGCAAAUAGGGAUUGAAAACUAAAGCGCUGUCUGCGGUCAGCACGGCUCCCUUUAUGCUGGGAGCUGCCCCUCAGCAGAGGAUGCUCCGGUGCUCGCAGCCCUGGGCUCCGUCCCGCAGCGCUCCCAGCCCGUCCAUCAUCCCGCACCGCGGGGCUGUGGGUGCGGGGGGCGCUGUCCGGCCCGUUUCCCCUCGGGCUGCCUCUCAUUAGCAUGAAUCGAGGGAAGGGCGUCAAAGACUGAGCUUCAAUUCGAGGCUGGGAAUAAAAACAAACAAACACCAAAAAGCCCCAAAACCAAACCCCAAACUCUGACUUCACAAUGACAACCAAAGCGCUGUGGCUCCUCUGCUUUGUCAUUAGAUCAUCGUGCAGCUCAGCGGCUGGAUCCUUGCCAUGUGCUGAGAAAGCCAGCCAGUCUCUCAGUAAAUAUGUGUAUAACUCAGCAGAUGCUGCACCUGGACAAGCCAAAUUGCCAGCCUGGGCCACUGCUAGAGAGGAGCCCAGCGAACAUCGACUGCUGCCUCCCACCAACCUGCAGCACCCAAAACCUCCUGAAAUCACCUCCCUCUCUUCAGACAAAAAGAAACGAACAAAGGCUUCUACAGAAAACAGCACCGGGCUGAGGAAACACCUCCUGCAGUACGGAGGGACCCUGCCUCUGCAACCUGCAACCGAGGGGCCUUCUCUCACCUCCUUUGACUUGAAUCAGGCAAACAGAAAGCAGGCAGACAGGCGGCUGGCUGAGGCUGCUAACAGCGUGUCAGCUCAUUUCCAGCACACAACAUCUUCCUAUCAUAAGCUCACAUCCUUCCUGGGGGCUCAUCCGUUCCUGGACUCUGGAACAGCAGGGUCAGCUGACCCUUCUGUGCUGGAUCAUUUCAACCGACCAGGCAAGAUAAACCCCUACAAAAGCAUUGAGCUGUUGAAAAUGAUCAGCAAACCCUCCUGGGUCACCAACCGCCAGCCAGCCAACCUGCCAUACCAUUUCAGUGUGCUGAAGAAAGGUGCUGAUAUGGAGAAGGCAUGUCUGACCGAGUGCAGGAAAGAGAGAGAUGAAGUGGAGGCCUACUGCACAAAUGAAUUUGCGGUGAAUGGAAUUGUUUAUAACAUGGAAAAUCUGGGGAGCGGAGUCCACUUGGUUACACUUUUGGUAAACACUGAUGGACUAUACAAGAUGAGUCGCCUGUACGUUACUCCUGAUGGCUUCUUCUUCCGAGUUCACAUUCUAGUUGUGGAUUCUUUCAACUGCAGCCGACCAUGUCCAGACUUCAAACUUGGCAGCAGAUACAUUGUGAUGGGUCAGAUCUACCACAAGAGAAGACAGAUCCCUGCAAACCUAAUGCAGUUCCUGCGUGGGCACCUGAGGCCAGGGGAUGGCUUGCUUGCAAGCAGCAGCAGCUACGUGAAGAGAUUCAACAGGAAAAGGAACCGCAAAGUGCAAGGGGCUCGCAGUAAAUGUAGAUAAGGCUUCAGAAAGCUCCUCCUAUAACACAGGCAGCAGUAGAAUUCACCUACCAGAAUAAACAUAAUGAUUUAGCAACUGUGGGAGUGUAGUUCUAAUGAUGGCUGAAAUUGGUUGUGAUAGCACUUGCAUUUGUGCUGUAGCAAACACUAGCUGAAUGUUCUGACUAGCUACCUAUAUAUUGUGAAACAGCACAGAAGUCCAUCUACAGUAACUGGUUUUAAACUUGCUCUAGCUUUUUUCAGAGCCGUAGGCUAUCGCCUCCUAUGCUAUAACAUACCCCUAAUAACCUGUAGUGACUGUAAAGUGAAAUUCUGAAGACGUGGUUCUUAGGUACACAAUAAGUAAUGGUACUUCCAAGACCUUCACCUCAAACAACCCUUAGAGGAUGUCAAAUCUAUAGAGGAUGUUGGUUGUGUGUUCACUCAGCUCUAAGUAUUAUAUACAUUUGAUGCAAAAGAAACCAACAAAACCAAG